CCGAGCGGAUCUCACAUCUUCAUCCAAUCCACUGAAUUUUGCACGUCCAAUCCCCAGCGACUCGCGGAGCCGAGACCGAACAGAGCAUCGCGGCCGCCGCCGGAAGAGAACUUUCCUUUCCUUAAGCUCACUCAAUUGGCCGUCAGCAAGCCCACCAGCCAUGAGCAGGGCACUGCUGCGCUCCGUCCUGGAGCUGCACGCUCCCAUCAGCCGACUCGUGCCCGCCAGAACGACAACGACAAAUGGACCAGCAGCCGCGUCAACGGCCCGCUGCUUACUGCACCAAACGGCCCAGAUUAUUGAGCCGUCCCAUCCCGAACCGCCCGUGAUCCCGAACAAUGGCCAGACGAAGCAGCCACAACAUACCACUUCCGCCGUCUCCUCAUCAUCAUCACCACACCCAAGCCAACAUCAACAACAAUCACCAACAGAAGAACCCUCAGCCAGCCACCCGCCAGGCCCGAUAAGCGAGUCAGUCCGCGCCCUACUCCCGCUGCUGGCCGCGCAGCCGGGGCACUACAUCCGGGUGCACAUCCACGGGCGGGCGUAUCUAGUAACCGAGGGCGAUUCGGUGCGGCUGCCCUUCAAGAUGCCCGGGGUGGUGCCGGGGGACGUGUUGCGGCUGAACCGGGCGAGCGCGCUGGGCAGCCGCGACUUCACGCUGCAGGGCGCGCCCUACGUGGACGAGCGCCUCUUCGAGUGCCGCGCCGUCGUCACGGGCACCGAGUCGGAGCCCAUGCGCAUCAAGAUCAAGAAGAAGCGGCGCUGCCGCCGCACCAAGCACGUCCGCAGCAAGCACCGCUACACCAUGCUCCGCAUAAGCGAGCUCAAGGUCUGUCGCGACGCGGCCGAGAUUGAGAGCUGAAGGGAGUUGAGGGGGAUUGCUAAUUUGGGGGCUUGGAGAGGGAUAUAGAGGGUGGGAAAGUGUGUGCUGAGUGGGCGGGAAUUAGGCUUUGGGUUGGAGGAAGGGAGAUACCGGUAGCCGGUCCGCAUGCUCUUAUGGGAGAGGUCGUCUGGCUAGGUUA